UCAUUCCCAACAAGAGCUCGAAUUAUCUCCAUGAAGAAGCAUCGCAGCCCCAGAGACGCCGCUGAGCAGCUCAUCGCCGGCACCCCUCUCAUCCCAAGUAGAACACGGUGGCGGACACGACGGCGAGGAGCAGCAGCAUGCCGGCCCUGCGCCGGUCGAUCAGCUGCAGCGCGCGGUGCAGCAGCUGCAGCCACUCCUCCCCGCGGGCCACGCCCGCCCUGGCUCCCGCCUUCCUUCCCCGCAGCCGGCGCCGCUGCCCGCGAUGAACGUGAGGGAGCCGUAGCUCCGGGACCGCAGCCCCAUAGAUGCCGUCGAGCCGCUCAUCGCCAGCACCCCCUCUCAUCCCAAGCAGAACACGGCGGCGGACACGACGGCGAGGAGCAGAAGCAUGCCGGCCCUAUGCCGGUCGACCAGCCGUAGCACGCGGUGCAGCAGCUGCAGGCACUUCGCCCUGCGCCAUGCCCAUCCCCUGGCUCCCGCCUUCCUUCCCCGCAGCCGUCGCCGCUGCCUGUGACAGACAGGAGCGAGCUGUAGCUCCCGGACCGCAGCCGCAGAGACGCCGGCGCCCCCUCUCAUCCCAAGCAGAACAUGGUGGCGGACGCGACGGCGAGGAGCAACACCACGCUGGGCCUGCGCCGGUCGACCAGCCGCAGCCGCGCGGUGCAGCAGCUGCAGCCACUGCUUCUCCCCGCGCCACGCCCACCCCUGGCUCCCUCCGCCUUCCUUCCCCGCAGCGUGCGCCGCUACCCGCGACGGACGCGAGGGAGCCGUAGCUCCCGGGUCGCAGCUCCAGAGACGCCACCGAGCCGCUCAUCGCCGGUGCCCCCUCUCAUCCCAAGCAGAACACGGCGGCGGACGCGACAGCGAGGAGCAGCAGCACGCCGGCCCUGCGCCGAUUGACCAGUCGCAGCGCGCGGUGCAGCAGCUGCAGCCACUCCUUCUCCCCGCGCCACGCUCACCCCUGGCUCCCUCCGCCUUCCUUCCCCGCAGCCGGCGCGGUUGUCCGCGACGAACGCGAGGGAGCCCUAGCUCCUGGACCGCAGCCCCAGAGACGCCGCCGAGUCGCUCGUCGCCGGUGCCUGCUUUCAUCCCAUAUCCGCACCGCGAGCACGAGAUUCGGCAACGACAACCUCGGCGUCGGCGAGAGGCAGCCAGGCGCGCCAAUACGGAUAUGCACCGGAGGGAUGCGACACAUGGAUCAAAGGUGGGUGGGGGUUAGAAGCCCGGCGUGGCAGGCGGCGGUCGGCGGCGCGAAUGUGCUGGUUCGGAAUUUGAGCAAGGAGAGGGGAAAGUGCCCCUGUAAAGCACGGGGUAACGCAGGGCGCUCAGCCUCCAAACCGGCUACGUGUGCGGCGGAGAUGACGUCACGUUCGGCGCCACGGCGCGUCGAGCCUCACCAAAUCGCAGAGCAGCACGUGCCCUCAGAUAUUUCCACCGCCGGAGCUACAUGUGUCGGUCUCGCACCCGGCCACCCUGCGAGAGGCAACCCGAAGACGCCGGUAAUAAUUGGGUGCAAGCGCCGGACCGCGCGACACGUGUCCUCCACGAGAGCCUAGGCGGCACGUGGCGAGCGCGCAGGGCCGCGAUUGCCGGGAGGGCGGGACACGUGUCCGGGGAGCCGGUCGUCCGCGACGGCUCAGUUUAGAUCCAUUGUCCGGUCUGCUGUGGUUGCGCCAAGUCGUCGAGAUGGGGCUCACGUGACGCGAGGGGUGCGGAAUGGAUAGACACGGCCAAGAUAUUUGUGCUUUGGCGUGUCCUGUGCCAGCUUGCAACGCACCAAUUACGGCGCCUACCUGGGGUAGGACGCAAGGGCAGGUCAGUUACGGCCGGAGUUGGUUAACGGAAUCGAGGCGGCGAGAGCGAGAUGCUGCGAGACUGUCCAGGAUUGUCGUGUCUGUGUGACUGAGUCUCCUCAUGCGGGCGGCGCACAAGGGAUGGCGCGUAACAACGGAGAUAUUUAGCGGGAGAAAGUGCGGCUCUGAACCAACCCAAAACGCGCAGCUGAAUGCUGGACUUCGACGCCGGGGAGUGGUCCACUUGGCGCAGGGCGCGACGGCACGGCCGGGAUCGGGUCCGCCACGCGCACCUGACACCGGCGUAUAUAACCCGGCUCGGCCGUGGGAAGACCGAGCGAGCACCAGUUAGGCAAGCAAGCAACACCAGCCACUCACAGGCUCGCGCCGCGUGUGAGGUUGAUGGGCGCGGGGGAAUGAGAGAGAGGGGCCCGAGCAUGAGGCGGCUGAGCGGCGCGUCGAACGGCGGCGGCGGGAAGGCGGGAAGGAACGCUGCUGCCGCCGGCCAGUGGGAUGGAGGCGGCAAUGCGGCGCGCGUCCGGGGCAUGAACGCGGGGAUCAUGGACGAGAAGGUGCUGGCGCUGGUGUUCCGGAAGCUGAACUGGGACCCGCAGUCGCUGUGCGUGGUGGCGCGGGUGAGCCGGCGUCUGCGUGCCGUGGCGGAGCGCGUGCUGUGGCGGGAGCUCUGCGUGUCGCGGGCGCCGCGGAUGGUGGCGGCGCUGACCGGCGGGGCCCCCGCGUCCGCGCCGGUGGCCGGGCGCAUCGGCGGCGGGUGGCCGUCGCUGGCGAAGCUGCUCCUCUUCUGCUGCGGCGCGGCGGGGGCCGUGGUGCCGGGCCACUUCGCCCCCGUGUCGCGCUUCUCCAAGACGUCCGGGCGGAGCUUCCUGUCGCGGCGGUGCGCGGGGGACCUGCUGUACGUGUCGGACCCGUGCGAGCACGCGGUGGCGGGGGCCGCGGACGACGUGGGCGCCUACCGCGGUGUGUUCCGCGGGUUCAUGCGGUCCCGGACCCGGGCCUGGCUGGUGGACCACCGCGCGGCGCUGGAGCCCCGCGUGUGGUGCCCCUACUGCGCCGCGCCGGUCUGGAGCAUGACCGCCGCGGGGCUCGCCCCGCGCAGCGCGUCCCGGCGGCUCGGCGCCAACGAGGGACGCCUCGAGUACUUCGUCUGCGUCAGCGGGCACCUCCACGGCAGCUGCUGGCUCGCGCGCCUCUCCGACAGCGAGUUCGUCGGAUCCGACGGCGACGACGCGUCGUCCGCCGGCGCCAGCGACGAGGACGACGUCGAGCUGUGACUCGCGCGCAGGCGACGCGCGGAAGAAUUGGUCACAUGUAAAGAGCUUAGUUAGCCUCAGUUUAGCAGUUUCCCCCUUUUUUCUUCUUCCAUUGAUCUUGUAAAUACAGGCGGGUUGCGCUUGCGUUGUCGCAUCGCGCUCCGUCGCAUCUCUGUUUGGAGCAGGUCAGGCGAGGCGUGGAGCGGCGCGACUCGCGAGCCAGCCUUGCAGUCGCAGCUCGCAGUGUGCUUUUGAGAAAUUACUGGUGUGUAUAUAUAUAUACAGUAUAUUUGGUACUUAUGUGAGUAUGUACUAUGAUGAUAGUAUGUACUGAAACAUGUUAGUAUAUAAGCUAAUCUAAAUGGUAUGUAUAUUUUUUA